AUGCUGGCGGAGAGUCCUGGUUUCGCAAAGGCCCUUUCUACACUGACACUCCUAGGAACGGAAAGUUUCUACAGCACAACUUUGGAAUGGAGAAAGCGCGUUACGGAUAUUAUUCACAUGACCUCCGAUGAACAACUUCCAGCACUACUUAUGAGGGUAUACGAUGUACUCUUGCAAGUGUUGCUUGAUGACGGAAGGAAGCAGCCGAACUACCUGGAGCUUGCUUCAACAGCUGUUGCUGUAAUGUGCUUCGUUCAUCGGCUGUUCCUACACUACAGGGAAGAACGGCUGUUGUUGGAUGAGUAUCGCCGCUGGGUAUUUCUCCGCGCAGUUGUUCGUACUUUUGAGUUCACGCUUUCUAAUCACUUCGAAGGAAGUGCAGCACUAUCAGAUGCAUCUCGGGGGGUUAUUGCUUUGAUGUUUUUACCAGAUGCAGAUUUGAGCAGACUUUCAGUGGGCGAAGCUGAGUUCAGCGCGGAGGACGCAUCUUUUCAACGGGCGCUUCAUUUGGCCCAUUCGUUUAUGCCCUCUGCGAAAGAUUUAGGUGCGUUUUUGGAAUGUUUGGUGUGUUGUAUCGAAAGUUUGCUAAGCGUUCGUAGUGUCUUGGGCCACCCGGAAGUGGAAACUACAGACUUCGGGGUUGUGUUUUCAGUUCUUUUCCCUCUUCAAAGUGCUAUGGCUCAGCGCUAUGAACACGCAGAGAGGCUGUUUCGGUCUAUUUGUUCAAUAGCUUCCGCGAUACGCGGGCCGCCUUCGGCCACAACAUCGUCGGGAACUGCGAAAGGUGUGGCUAAUUUCUUCUCUGCAGUCUUCACACCGUCACAGGUUAACACGAUACAGCGGUUUGUAAGCUCCGUUGGUGCAUCUGGAUCACCGAAGCGUAGUCCUAUCACAUGUCGCGAGGCUGUGGAAUGCGUAACGAGCUUUUUCGUUUGCGCAACCGAAGAAAUGGCUAUAGAGGCAUGUGCUCGCCCUCUGUUUGACUUGGUUUGUCUUGAUGAUGUGGAGGAGGAGCUGGUCCGCUUUGUGCUCUAUUCAUGCACCGAAAAUCUCCUAUUACUCAAACCGUGUCAACUACAACGUGUAACGCAGUUGCUGCUCACCGCCGUAAAGCGCGGCAUUGCCAUCUCAGAGACCGUUUCCUCGGUUGCAGCAGUGCUAAGGAAGGAAUCCAAAGCGGUGGUUGAGGUGAAGAUUUUUGUGCUAGAGUUUCUUAGCUUUUAUUCAACGGCAGUAAGUCAUGCAUCUGAGGUAGAAACACUGCAUAGCGUCUUCAAGUGGACGCUUGAGGAGGUGACAUCGAUAAGCGACUGGGUCCAACCGCAGGCAGUUUCAUAUCUGGCAGCGGUGACGCAAUUCGUGAGAUCGGCACUCGCAUCCGCACCGUUGGUAGCACUACUGGCAAGGCUUGAAUGGCCCCACGAGGUGCUGCUUCUGCUGUUGCGUGCUCAUGGUGAUGGUGUAAGGGAAGUAGCAGUCACAUUUCGGAAUCUCUUUUGUUCAAUGGUAUUCAACGAGGGGCAGUUUGUGGAUGUUCUUAUUAGCGAAUUGAGGGCAAUGGGCGGCCAGAGCCCCUGGCCUUCACAAAUUUCCAUCCUGUUGUGUGUAUUCGUGUACCUGCUGCAGGAUAAACGGGGUGCAUGGGCUGCGAUAAGAAGUAACGACAUCUACGUGUGCCUUUACCUGCUUCACUACCUGGACCAAAGUACCUGCAUUGAGGAGGAUGCGCAUCUUAUUGGAACAUCGUUGGCAUUGUUGUUGUCGCACCUGCGGUGGAGUGAAGCUGGAGGAAUUGUCGCACACUAUGUUGAUGCUGUCAGAACCCCUUGGAUGGUCCAACUUCUGGUUGAUCUUGCCACAGGGUUUUACACCACCACAAAAAACUUGAUUGCUGCCGAUGCUAUGCGUGUAGAAACUGUAAAAACGAUGACGCCGGGCAGUCGACUGUGCUGUGAAGUAGUGGGGGGGUUUUCCAUACCUUUGUCCUGCCGCUUCGAGCACACCUUUCCUUUUGGUGUGCUUCUUCGUUGGAUAGUGGAACCAGGAAAUCAAUCCGGCGAUUGGCAGAAAAACUUGAUGGAGCUCCUAUCUGGCAUGCUCCACCGCCGCUGCCUACCUCUCGUUGACGACGCGUUCACCUCUACGGUGGUGAAACAAAAACUUUAUGAGCUGCUUCCAUACGUGGCCGAUGUUUCGAGAAGGGAUGUGCUCGCAUUGCUUUCGUCUUCGAAGGAGUAUCUAACACUUGAAGAUGUCUCGAACGCUCAAGCCAUCUGGGAGAGACUAGCAUACGGUAGAAUCGGGGAAGGUUUGCAGCAUGAAUUCCACGAUUAUAUCACAUGGUACGGAAACGGCGCAUUGCAUGGGGUGCUGCGGGGUGUGCAAAAGGGUUGUUCUCUCAACGACCGCUUCACGACGGCUGUGUGGGUGUAUUGGGAAUCAUGCAUAGGGACGGAUACGGGUUCGAUGAUUCAGCUUUGGGAGUUGCUCUGGCCGGGCGCUGAGGGCUCUACGAAAGUGUCAUUGUCGGUUGACACGAUGCAAAGAAAGGUCAUUUUUGCAGUUUCCCCGGCGGACGAAGCGCAACAAGUUGUCACCCUUCCCUUCAUUCCGCCAGGCCAGUGGAUGCACGUAGUAGUGAGCUUUUUAUGCAACCGAUUAUUUUCCUCCACUGUGACGGCGUUCUACGAUGGAGUUCGCACCCUUCAGACCGAUAUAACCGUACCUGGGUCCCACACAUUCCUUCCGUACCCUGGAGGCCCCUCAUUUAUGGCAAGGAUUCUCUCUGAAAGCACCUAUGAUUUCACUUGCACCGUGGGGUUUUCACACGAAGGGAGCUCUGAGGGCUGCAUGCAGCGUUUUGUGUCGUUUCAGCUGUUUAAUGCAGCUUUAUCACAAUUGGAAGUAAUGUCGCUUUUUUGUGUGGACCCGUAUUCGCUCACAGGUCUGAGGGCUGCGAAGAGGUGCCCGCUGGAGUUGCCGCUGCUGAGACCAGAGGCGCUGCGGUACUUAGUUGCUAGCGCUGCCCAUGGGGAGCUUCAAGAACUUACUAGCUCAAGAGCGCUUAAUUUCGCUCCGUUUCCUGCAGAAUUCCUGAUAUUAUCAUUACAUGUGCAGAACGCGGAGUUGGUCGAGUGCUCCCAGUUACAGUCCCUCCACAAUAAGAGGUGGGUGGUCCCUGACUCUGCGGGGAGAAAUGGAGUGACGAACUUUUUAUUACACGGCUCACACAGCGAGCCCGUGGCUACGGGUGGAAACAUAACCAAGGUGCUUAUCUCACAUAACGUCCCCUGCGAGUGGCUGCGCUGGCUUUGUGUAAUCUCCUGUGCAUACGAUGAGGUUACAAUGCCUAACACAAAAAACGUGCUUGAUAGUGCUGACGCGAAGAUGGCUGUUCUGCAGAGAAUAGCAGCAACGACACUGAGAAUAAUUGCCACGUAUUAUUGGAAGGCGGAGGAGGUAAGUGACGGCAAUGUGGCAAUAUUCAUCAAUUAUGUAACUCUGCAAGUGAAGCAACGGCCACAGGUUUAUCUGGCUACUACGGACGGGGUGGACGCAGUUUUUGGUCUUGGUGCAGCGAAGGAAUCCACAGGUGAGCACUGCGUCGUGUAUAACACAGUACCGGUUGAGGACGUCUUUUUUAACUGGAAAGUUACUUCGUUUCUCCCGGAGCAGUGUCAACAACGUAUUUUGUUUCAUCUUACUGCACUCCUACAAAAGAGCAACCCGUUUAGGGCGGUAAAUGCCUUACGUUUGCAACAUUCCAGUUUUUUUGACGGUUUCAUAUGCGGACUUGUGAGGGAGUAUGUAUGGCCCCCGGUACUAGAAUCCGCUGUUGCUGUCAUUGCGCUGUACAUUGAGUGCAUCGCAGGCGAUGCUGUUGCGCUCCGGGAGGUUCUCAACUUAUGUGCGUCUAUAGUUCCCGUGGAGCGUGAUGUGCUAACCGUUGCCAAGCGCCUUGUGUCCAAGAUACCACUGGUAGCAUUCGAGUGCAUAGUUGUUGUUGUGCUCAACCACCUGCUGAAAGUGCUCUGUGGCGCUUGUGUCAGUCUCCACAAUGAGGGACUAAUGUUUGCUGAGGCCCUGUCGCACGCAAUGCCGCAGUGCUGGUUUCACAUUUUGACGAGUGAGUGGGCACAUCCAGUUUCCGUAACCAUGGCGAUGCACCUCUUUACUCUUUGUUACAAACGGAGUGAAACGUUUAGAAGACGCUUCGGAGACGUCAUCCCUUUAUUGUACGAAAACUUGCGUCACCACGCACACCAGAGUGACCUGUUGAUUGUCCUAAUCAGUGGCUUCUGGGGGAGCGACUGGGACCAACAGAAACCUCCAUAUGCUUUGCUAAACCAAUUGUAUACCACUUCUGAAGGGACAGUGCCGUCCUUCUUGCAACUUGCUAUGCAUCUGCUUGGUAGGAGUGCUUCGUUGUUGCUGCGACCUGACGCGGCGGUGAAUUACCCUCACAUCACAUGCGCUUCAUUCUACGCUGCGAUGGGCGCAGCUGCCACCGCUGAACAUUGUAGGGCACGGUCACAACUAAGGUGCUACAUCUCUGUGGUUGUGUUCUGCGCACGGCUGCGUCGGGGACAGAAGAUACCCGACGACGGCGCGAAUAGAAUUUCGUUCACAAAGAGGGAAUCGGCUGAUCACGGGGAGAUGAGGCGGACUGUAGUUGCCAUUUUGCAGUGGGUUGCGCGCAGAUACCCGAGCGACCGCCGCGUCUCGAAGGCUAUGUACGUUUCACAAAAAUCAUACAACCCAAUGGAUAUGGCGCUGCUUUGUCUGUUUCCCGCAUUGCCUAUGGACAAGGAUGUGGGGAGCGUUGGGAAUAUGCCGUUGCCUCUUCUUGACGUGGUAGAGGGUUUAGGAACCACUGUUGGGCAUCGAGAUAUUUUUGAUGGAGGCUACUCUGGCACAGGCGGCUUUGACUUCGAUGACUGUGACGACGAGAGGGAGGAACUAGUCUGUGAUGCGCGGGGCCCUAAUACCUCACCGGCUACCGAGGCACGGGACUGUGAUUUCGAUGCUCUACUGCAUCAACCAGAAAGUGAGCUGUACAAUGCUUGUCGUGCGCUAUUUGUUGCGCACAUCAAGCGAUACGCACGUAGUGCCAAAUGUCAGCCCUUCGUGACGGGUAGGAAGUCGGUGCGUUCUCCGCCAAAACUCGUGCUCGCGCUGCAACGGGCGCUUGCUCUCUGCCCAAGCGGCAUAGGACUCAGGGCAAGAUAUAUGUUCUGUGUGGCGGUUUGUUGUUUUUGUCUUAAGGCUCUAACGGAUAUGCUUCGUGAGGAGCAACCUGGUGAGACCGGCCAGUGCGUCCUUGACAACAUGGUAGCCACGGGGAAGUACCUUGCUGAUCGGUUGGUAAGCGGGGCCGCUACCCCCACAAUGGCGGUGACGAAGUUUUUGCAGCACUUACUCAAGUUACAUCUUAACACCGAGCAAGUCAAAGAUUUGUGUGAAUCUCUUUCUGAGUGCUUACUUCUUUUAAUGGACUCAGUAAGCUGCGGGAGAGAUGCUCGGUCCGCAGCAUCGGUGAUUGAUUCUCUGCACGACGAGCACAUUGGUGUCUUCGGCUACCGGAUUCCGUCUGAAGAGCUUCUUCGGUUGACCACGCAUAGGUUGUUAGAUAUUUCAGAGGUGUUAUUAGCCUCAGACGUGGACAGGCAUUCCGUUAAUAUGGAAAAGUUGGUUGGUUUGUGGCGCACAUUUUUGGUUGCCAACAGGGAGGUCCCCUUCUUUCGCUUGGUUUGGAAUACGGAGGAGAAAGCUGCACGCGUUUUCUACAUGCUCACGGAAUCCACUGAUGGAGGAGUGGGGGAUUUGGUUGCAUGGGUAAUGGCAGAUCAUAGUAAUUUCAAGCAAAGCUUAUGCAAAGACGAAUGGACUCAGAUGACGUUGAGAAAAACAUUUCUCCAGAAGAGGGACCGCCGCUGGGCGGCGUGUGCGGUGGAGCAGAGGGACCGUGAGUGUGCAGACCUGAUGAGCUCUUGCAAAGUGAAGUGCAAUGCGAUGAACGAAGAGUGGUCGAAACUUACUGAUACCUCAACUUUUGUGGACACAACGUUGUUGGCACGCAGAAUUGAGUGCUGCGAUGUACUGCACCGACAUUUACAAGUUCAGCUACUCCCCAACUAUGGGAUGGAAGAAAAACCGGGCACUUUGCACCUUCACCCCAGUGGCGCCGUGGGGUAUCCUUGUGGCGUGCCUUUUGAUUUACUCCACAAUUUGACAAAUGCACACAUACGCUAUCCAUCGCUUAGGUGUCGUCUUGCCGCAAGUACUGCAAGUGACGAUGGCUCCGUCAGUUCCCAUUCGCGGGCGAGUGUGCCCGCGGCUCUUCUUCGUAUUGUUGGUUCCCACUUCACCAACCCUGUCCUUUUUGUCGGUAAUGUGUAUUAUCUUCAUGGUGAUGAGUGCUCAAUUAGCGUAAUGUCUGUGACUCCAAGGGAGGUUGUGAUCGUUGGUGAUAGCCAGUUUUCGGCGAGCGGUGAUUUCUCCAUCGGGGUUCUUAAUCCCCGGGACGCAUGGGGGACUUUAUCACUGGACAAUGGCUCGCCUUCCUGCGAUAACCGCAACUUUCUCCCGUGGCUAUCAGAAAGGGGUAACACAGAAAAACUGGAAAUUGCCCGCCAUUCCUGCUGCUUCCGAACGAUAUGCGUUGAGUCGCGUGUGCCAAACUCUCCGUCGUUCACAUGGCGCUUCUCCACAGGCAGUAUACUGAAAGUGCACCAGCGCUUUUUUCAGCACCGUCCCGUUGCUUUGGAGUUUCAACUGGAAAACGGUGACAGGUGUUUCAUCGCGGCUCUUGAUGAAAGACUUUGCUUUUCGAGGGCAAAACAGGAGGAAAUCAUGUCUGCAGUGUCGCGUGUAGCCCCACAAGCGGAUAUGGAGACGUAUUCCCAAAAGGAGUCUCGGAUGUCUGAACUUGGAGAACGAUGGAAGCAGCGCAGAAUCAGCAACCGCAUGUAUUUGCUCCAGCUCAACGACAUUGCUGGGAGAACGGUGGCUGACAUGGGUCAGUACCCUGUGAUGCCGUGGGUUCUUAGCGACUAUGAAAGUUCUACGAUCGAUUUAAGGGACCCAGGUGUUUAUAGGGACUUGGCAAAGCCGAUCGGUGCUCUGAAUGAGGCGAAGGAGAGGCAAUUACGCGAUCGGUACGAGCAAUGGUUUGAUAAGUCUCAACCCCCAUUCCAUCACGGAACUCACUACAGCAGCAGUGCAGUGGUAAUGUAUUAUUUAAUUCGCCUUCAGCCCUUCACGCAGCGCUCUGUUAGGUACCAGGGGGGCCGACUUGACAUUGCUGGACGCAUUUUUCAUAGUGUUUCUGAGGCAUGGAACAGCUGUGGUGGAGUCGGUGAUGUGAAGGAGCUUGUCCCUGAAUUUUUUUGUCUUCCAGAGAUGUUCAUGAACAAGAGUAGGAUCGACCUUGGCGUGCGCCUUGACGGUGUGCAGUUGGGGGAUGUCGUACUACCUGAAUGGUGUGGCGGUGACGUGGAGCGGUUUGUUCAUCUGCAUGCAGAGGCCUUGGAGAGUGACGUCGUCAGUGGCAAGCUGCACGAGUGGGUUGACCUCGUAUUUGGAAACAAACAGCGCGGAAGGGGAGCAGUGGAUGCUAUCAACGUCUUUCUGCACCUUUCGUAUGGUCAAGCCGUUGGAAGAGCCAUCGCCGAAGCCUCCAGUGAGGAGGAUUGCAAAGCGAUUGUGGCAACAGCGGCGAACUUCGGGCAGACACCUCGGCAACUUUUCAACCGUGCCCAUGCUCGCAGGUUCGACAACCGAUACGGGCCAACCCCCCAACAAGCCUUCAUAAACGAAGCGGGGAAACUCUUCGUCAGGUGGAGGUCAGUGUGUUAUCCAUGGGGUAACAAGCGUUGCUGCACGCCUAUAACGUCGUUGCGCAUCGUGGACUCUAGUGCUAUCGCGUCCACUCGGUUCAGCCUCAUACUUCCAACGACGCCGAUGCAGGUUUGCCACUACAGUAAUGUCACUAGGGAGCUAUCUUGCCAUGAAUACGGCAAGCCGACGCUUCUAUGCGUUCUCCCUAAUGUCUGGCAUCAAGGAUAUGGGGAACUUACAACGAUGUGUACUUCAUCACUCGGGGGGAUCAUAUGCAUAGGGACCACCAAUGGAAAGGUGGUUAUCUGCAGCCGUGUGACAUCAACGGCUCCAUUUACUAUUAUGUCGAUUCUCAAUGCAUGCAGAAACGACGAUAGCGCGCCUGUGAAACUCUUGAAGAUGUGGAACAGUGGUCACCUUUCUGUUGUAUGUGAAGAUGGUCCUCGGGGGUCGCUUUGGCACGUUGCGCACUCUGGGGUAAUGUUCUGCUUCAAAUUUGAUAUCAGUGAUGUUGUGGACGAGUCCUCUACUAUCCGUGACAUUACUCGGGACGAGCAAAGCAACUGUUACUUUAUUGCUACUCACAAUCAUAUUGUGCAGUUGUCAAGCACCGGCAGAGUUCUUGGUGUGGCAAGCGUUUCCAAAGCCAGCACGGCCACAACCGCAAGGAAGGGAACAACGGCACCUCCCGCGAACAACGACGCAGCGGCUGAUGGCCCCAAACAGCAUUUUUGCGCAGCAGAAUACAUUAACUUUGAAAGUUAUAGUAAAACCAACAUCUUGCUUGCAGGACACGAGGAUGGAACCAUUUCUUUUUGGACAGUACGGCCAUUGUUAGGAUUCGAUCAAAAUACGUUUGCUACAGAAAUCAAAAUGUUCCAUUCGUUCACAGUGGAUGGUGACACAAGAAUUACUACAAUAACGCAUGACGGUGCAGGUUUUAGCGCAGGUACGGCAAGUGGAGAAGUACAUACAUACAGCGUACCUGACCCAUUUGCAGACGAGGAAUGA